AUGAAUGGUGUAACAGAGGAACAGUUGAAAGGAUAUCAUAUCGUUAUACAACCUGAUCUAACCAAGAACGUGUCCGACAGGAACGCGUCUUCUCCUAAGCCCUUCAUUUCAUUCGAACUCGAUCCACCCCGCAUUCUAUUGACGCACCCCCAUCCAUCGAAAUGGGAUUCGGGUCUAUCGGGUGUUACUGCCGAUGAGAAGAUGCCUUCUUUGCUUGACUUUUUCGAAACUCGCCGUCCAUCCGCGAAGCGACAAAAAGUCUCUCAUGAGGCGGACUCCGAUGCACCAUCAGCUCGGACUGAUGGCGAAAGUGUAAAAGAAUCAGAUGGAGAACACCCAAAAAUACCCAUUUGGUCUAGAAAAGAUCCCGAGUCCACAGAUGCAGCUGACGUCUCAGUCGGAAACGAGGACUCGGGUAACAUCAAAAGCAGUCAAACAGACUUGGAGAUAUCACUCCCACCGAUCAAGACUGACGAGGAUGCAAUCAAAGUGUACGAAAACUCUAAAGCGGCUGAAGUGGAAGAGACAGAACAACUUUCACUACAGCAAAGACUCGGAGAGAGGAAAUGGCGCAAAGGGAAAAGUUCAAUUUAUGUGGACGCAUUCAACUUGGCACUAGAGACGGUGCUAAACGAAGAGGCUCACCUGUUCGACCAAACGGAGUUGGACGUCUUUCGUAGGUGGAAAGAUUUGAGCUAUGAGGCGCAAUAUUUAUACGUGCGGCUUUUUCUCCGCAAGACGGCCGCCUGGCAUCGCAUAAAUCGAUUAGGGUACUAUCAGGACAUUGCAAAUAUGGACCAAGCUGUGGCAGAUCUGAGAGAGGUCCAUCCUCUUUCUGGCUCGACUACACCUGUCGCAAGUGAAUUCUCCCUUGACCCCGAACGGCCUGAUGAUACAAAUGUCCUGGGUGAUUCCUUCCGAUUUGCCGAAGGCAUUGAAGAAAUUACUACUCUAGAAGAAGCUUCAUCUCUACUCCUACUGGACGAACUCAAAGAAAUGGCCAAAGAAGCCAAAGUUCAGGGAAAGAACAAGAAGGAGCUUGUAGCAGCUCUACUCCAAAUCAGUCAGACCCAAACGGGUCUUAGGUGGACUGCAGAAAAGGGCAAUAAUAGAGAUCGCCAUUUUCACAGUAAGAUUCUGGAACUUACCGGUGACUGCAUUAGACUUUCUCCAGCUCCAUUGAAGUUAUUCGAAAGGGUACAUUUGGUCUUUUACCGCUCGACGGAGUGGACAGAAAAGUCUCUUACCACAAUCAUCUUAGCGAAGAUCUCGCGAAAGCAUUUUCCGGAUUAUGUUGUGUCCCGAUCUACGGCAAUAUUCCCAUCACGGGCAGCUUUGCUCGAAUUUGAAGCAGCUCUAAGGACACAGUAUGACAUUGACAACAUACUCGAGGUGAGUGGAACGCCGACUGCACAGCGUUUACAGACUAUAAAAGAUCUUAGCGAGAAGAUCUAUCCAAGGUGGAAACUGCUUCUCGAACAAGAGCAACAAAAGGAAAAUAGUAUAUAUUUUAGCGGCGAAGGUGCUUACUUACGUCGGUUCUCGCCCGCUUGGGUGUAUACAAGAAUCAUUCACAAAGGUCUCUAUCCAUUAGGCCGUUUCAAAGAGCACAAGCGGGAGCAUGAACUCCUGACUGAGUUGCUUGAUCAGAAGCUCUUUCACGCAGCGCGGCGUGGCGCAUGGUACCAGAGAAAAGCUCUCUUAGAGGAGCACUACCUAUGGGCUCUAACCCCAAGCGAAGGCCGGGCCGACGAGGCUCAGAAAAAGUAUUGGAAAAGAAUUGCUCUGAGCACAUGCGAAGCAGGACUUCAAGAUCCAGAUUGCCAUGUCAUCUUUCACUAUGACCUCCAGAAGAGAAUCGUCAAACUCGAGAAAGCCUUAAAAGUGGUGAAGCGAGAACAGCACGACUUUGGACAUGUUCUUCUUGUCAAACCACAAGAGAGAACGGUUGAGGGAAUUCGUGUCGAGAAAGAAGAGACCCUGAACCAAGUUGAUUCAAAGGAGAACAGCGAUAGCUCAGUGCUAUCAACGCGGAGAGGGCGCCCUACAGUCUGGAUUGACGAGCGAGAAAAUGAUGAAGAAUGUAGGGUUGAGAAUAUGUGUCUUAGCUGGUAUCGCGAAAACGGUUGGAAAGGCUACCAUUCCGAGGGUGGCAUUAUACGAACACUUUUUGGCUAUCUAUUCUAUGAUAUACUUUUCACCUAUGUCCCCAACGUCUUCCAAACGCCCUUCCAAACCUGUCCCUUGGAUCUCCACACAGAUGCCUUUUAUCCUUCUCGUGCUUCUGAGAUCAAUCAUCGAUUGGUUCAGCUCGCUAACGGCGAGGCCGAGUUUAUCAUACGCAGGGUCCACGAGAACGAGUUCUCAAAACAAACCUCUAUCGUCGGCGUAGACUGGACGUACGCACUUGACGACCUCGUAGAAAUCGUGCAGUGCUUCAGCGGCACGGCCCUUGCAACAGUAUGCAAGGUGAUGGCGCAAGAAUAUCAACAGCGAGGAGGUGGUAUUCCUGAUCUUUUCCUUUGGAAUCCUGACAAGAAGGAGGUUAUGUUCGCCGAAGUCAAAUCCGAGAAUGAUCGGCUGAGUGAUACGCAGAGGCUGUGGAUACAUGUUUUGAUGGGUGCAGGGGUGAACGUAGAAUUGUGUAAUGCCGUGGCUAGGGAGGUCAGAUAUAUAUAA